AUGGGGUACGAGUAUCUUCUUACUCCCAAAUCUACCCUUCGCAAGAGGAAACCCAAGGCCAUGGUGAGCACGAAAAUCGACUUAACCGCGUACUUCCUUUUCUUCUUCAAAGGAGAUAAGAAACUCACCGCUACUUGUCGCUCGGAGUUGACGAGUAUCUGA